GCCAGGACCAGGCAGGUGAGUGACAUCGAAGUUGUGCAUAUAAUGGAAACCCUUCGUGAUAAACUGGUGAAAUAAUGACAUUCUCCAUAGAUUCUACAGAAUGGCCUGUCCACGCAUUGGUUUUGGGAUCCUGCUGUUGGUCCUUGGAGGAAUUCAUGAAUGUUUAUCUUCAUACUACGAUGGAAUUGAAGAGUUGGACAAUGAUGUCAUUGCAAGCUGUACAAAAGAAGCCAAAAAGCUGGUGGAUACAGCAUAUAAAAACACCCGCAUCAUUCUGAAGGACCGUCUAAGGAGAAAGGAUGUAAGCUCUGCUGAUCUUAUGGCUUAUUUCAAGCAGCCUGUGGCAGGGAGCAGAAACGCCAUUCGAGCUGCAGAUUACAUGGGUACCACCCUCCAGCUCCUGACAGAGAAGGUGAAACACUUUCACCAGAGACCCUUCAAUAUCUCAGAUUUGUUGACUCAAAACCAGAUGGACAGUAUUUCUAAGAUAACUGGAUGUGCCAGCCAAUAUAUUCCCAAGGCUUGUCAGGACAGUCUCUAUCGCACCAUUAGCGGAGAGUGUAAUAACAGGAGAAAUCCAAGCCUUGGAGCUUCUAACACAGGAUUUACCCGUUUGCUGAGGCCAGAAUAUGAGGAUGGCAUCGCCCUUCCACGAGGAUGGACCGAAAGCCGCCCCAUCAAUGGAUUCCGUCUGCCUUUGGCACGCGCUGUAUCAAAUGAGAUUGUCCGUUUCCCCACUGAAAAUAUUACUUUGGAUCCAGGCAGGGCCCUCAUUUUUAUGCAAUGGGGACAAUGGACUGACCAUGACCUUGAUCUCUCUCCUGAGACUCCUGCAAGGUCAACGUUCCUCCAAGGUGUGGACUGCGAUCAUAGCUGCGCACGAGAGCCUCCCUGCUUUCCAUUGGGGAUUCCACCGAAUGACCCCCGCAUUAGGAAUCAGAGUGACUGUAUCCCACUCUUCCGCUCAGCUCCAGUCUGCAACCCAGAAUCACCGUUGCGCGAGCAGAUCAAUAUCCUCACCUCUUUCCUCGACGGAAGCCAGGUGUAUGGCAGUGAUCUGCCGCUGGCUGCUAAGCUCCGCAACAACACUAACAAACUGGGACUGAUGGCUAUCAAUCAAAACUUCACCGACAAUGGCCUUCCAUUCUUGCCAUUUGAAACAGCAGAGGAGGACUUUUGUGUUCUCACAAACAGAUCCUCUGGGAUUCCCUGUUUCUUAGGAGGAGACCCAAGAGUCAGUGAACAGCCAGGUCUAACCGCCUUUCAUACUCUUUUCGUGAGAGAACACAAUCGAAUCGCAACAGAAUUGCGCAAAUUAAAUCCACGCUGGUCUGGAGAGACUCUUUAUCAAGAAGCUCGGAAGAUUGUUGGAGGCAUCUUACAGAAAAUAACAUAUAAAGAUUGGCUGCCCCUGCUGCUGGGUUCAGAGAUGCCCAGGGUUCUUCCUACAUACCGGAACUACAAUGAGUCUGUGGACCCAAGAGUGGCCAACGUCUUCACAGUUGUCUUUCGCAUGGGCCACACACUAAUACAGCCUGUCAUCUACCGACUGGGUGAUGGUUACCGUCCCUUAAUGCCAGAACCAGAGGUCCCACUUCAUAUGACUUUUUUCAACAGUUGGAGGGUGGUGAGAGAAGGUGGCAUUGACCCUCUGCUUCGCGGCCUCAUGGCAAAUCGGGCAAAGCUGAACCGCCAAAAUCAGCUUGUAGUUGAUGAGCUACGGGAACGUCUCUUCCAACUCUUUAAGCGCAUUGGUCUUGACCUGCCAGCUAUCAAUCUGCAACGAGGUCGUGAGCAUGGAAUACCAGGAUACAACGCGUGGAGGAGAUUUUGUGGUUUCUCUGCACCUCGCAACCUGAAUGAACUGACUAAUGUGCUGAACAACAGGGAGUUGGCUCAGAAAUUCAUUAAUCUCUAUGGGACGCCUGAAAACAUAGACAUCUGGGUUGGAGGAGUUGCUGAACCUCUUGUUCGUAAUGGAAGAAUUGGACAACUGCUCACCUGCCUAAUUGGGAACCAGUUUCGCAGGGCUCGAGAUGGAGAUCGGUUUUAUUAUGAAAGACCCUCUGUUUUCACUAAUGCUCAGAAGAGAUCAAUAGAAAGAGUAACCCUGGCCCGUGUCAUCUGUGAAAACACCAGGAUUACGGAGGUCCCUCGAAAUGUCUUUUUGGGAAACCAGUACCCACAAGAUUUUGUGAACUGCUCACGAAUCCCAGCCCUAGACCUGAGGCCUUGGAGAGCAUGAGGCGUGUCUGAUCAUCAUUAGUUGUCUAAGUGAUGGAACAUGGAACCACAUUCACAAUAUAAUGUUUCUUUCAAACAUUAAAACUAUUGAUUCAUCAAGAUAUUACAACAUAAUUUUUCUUGUUUUUAAAAUUCUAUCUAUCUAUCUAUCUAUCUAUCAAUCUAUCAAGGAUUUCUUUCAGUCUAUUGUGUCUAGAUAGGCAAUGUAUAAUUAAUAGGAAAUGCAGCACUUCACAGCUUAGCAUAAUUGCAAGUGAUUUGUGAUUGACUGUAAGUGGAAUUGUUUUCAGGGUUAAACGUUCACCUCGUAGAAGCGUAGAUGUGUCUCGGGGCAGUAAGACCAGCUUUAUGUAAUUCCUUCCCUGUGUAUUUGUGUUAGCAUAAAUACGGUAUACAUGUGUAAGUUAGUGUUAGUGUGUAUGUGUGUAAGUUGCGUAUGUUACUGGGGGAGGUUAAAGGUGCAUAGUAUUGUAAGAUGCAGGAUUUGAAAAAGGUCAAAAAAAGAUAGAAAGAAAAUGAGCAAACUAACAACUACUCCAUGGCAAAGUGUAUCAUUCAUUGCCAAAUCAGCAACGCGCUGUACAUGGGCAUCAACAGGACUUCCCUUAAAAUGGGACAAGAGGGCCAUGUGGCAUCUGCUUCUGGUCAGUGCUGCUUCUGUCCUAUCUCAUGUGUCCUCAUGUGAGCGGGAAGGAAAGGGUAUUAUGUUGCAUAAAGUAAUAAUCUAUAGGAAGUAUAUAUUAGGCUUUAUGAGUCCACACUUCCUAUGGACUAUCAUUGUAUGUUAAUCCCCACUGUCUCUUUCUAUUCAUGUUGCAUGCAUUUUAGAUUCCCUACUUCUUAGUUUGCAUAUAAAGAGACUUCAGAUGCAUUUUAUUCUUCCAGAAAAUGUUCUAUUUCAUAUUGCCAAGGAGUUAAAUAAAAAAAUUAAAAAAAUA